CUUAGCAGAAACAUAGCAGGUACGUAUGUGCUAGCGGAGCCCUUGCGCGUGUUGCGCUAACGCCGAGCAAUAUUGCUCCAUCCAUUUUGAUUUUCUUUUUUAUUUUUGCGGCAAAGCCGACGAAAGCUAGCCCCCAGCAAGGGCAGGUGCUCGGAACAUGAAAAUGCGCCGAGGCAAGUCUCGUUGUGCAGAAGUCAAAUGGUUCAAGAAUAAUCUGCAAGAACGGAACUGCAGUGACUCAUCCUGUUGUCGCGUGUCCUGCUCGUUUCUUCCACCACCAGAAAGGCCUCCUCAUGUACGCAAGAACGUACCCGCGCAUCUACUGGUGCUGUGUGCAGCCGUAGCGACAAGCGUGAAUCUGAGCUGCGGAGAUGUCUCAUUCGUGGCAGCGAAAAUUCUGCUUGGGUCCUCGGCGCCUAGUCGUCCACGCCUACACCAGGGAGAAGACAGGACCAAUGAUCAGCUGCUGCCCGACCUUGGAGGUAGCCUGUCGACAGCUUGUUCAACAGCACGACACUGCGCCACUGGGGCACUCGGUGUGGGCGGGGAGGACCGGCAUCAACAUGUUGGGCCCCCACCUCAUGGUCGUGUAUCUCUUGGUCUCGAUCCUCAUUCGGAGAAUCUUCUGCACCAGCUUAUCCAACGAACGCAGCAACCUCGACCGCACGCCAACGAGGCAGCUUGGGCUGCUGCGCCCGGUGGAGGGAUACACACGACACAACAUGACAACGGCAAAAAUGUAGUGUGCAGCCGUCCUGCAGGACCGCCUGCCUUCGACGUGAACAACGGCGGGUAUGAUACCCCGACGACGCAGUCCUGCUUCCUGCCGUGUCAGCACCAGCAGCCUCGUCUUCGUACUUCUAGUACAGGUACACAACUUUUCUUUUUUUUUUGCUUCAAGUUCAAUCGGCAACACGAGCCUGACUACAGAUGAAAGGCAUCGGCUUUGCGUUUCAUCUUGCCGAGAACUUUUACUUUUACGUACAAGUAGUUUCUGUCUCAUUAUUACACUGGCUGCGCGUGUUAGCGUUAAUAGCCAUCUUCUUGUAGGGUCAACAAGAAAACACAUCGAGUAGCGUUUCGAUUUCCCCUUGGUCUCGAUCUCGACUCAUCAUUUUUAUGAAGAAGUAGUGCUUCUAGAGGAACAACUAUCCAGCAGGAUCCGCGCCCCCAGGGAAGGCCCCUUGGAUAGAUUCUUGCCCCUCAGGUACACGAGGAUCCGGUAGUUCCGGGCAGCAUCUGGCUGUAAUUCCGCCGACCAGGAGCCUUUGGGAGGACGAUGAUGAUGAUGAUGCGGAGGACCUUGUUGCACAUCACGGCUCGUCCACGUCCGCUCUCUAUCAUGGCGGCUUCGGCUCCGAUAUGGUGAAGUUUCGUGCACCCCCGAGUACGGAAUCCGACAUGGCUCGCUUCAUGACCCCAUUCAGCGAGGCGGUCUCUUCGUGCAUGUCCGACCGUCCAGGUGGAGGAGGACAACUCCGAACCCCCUGUGGAUCAAGCGACGGCUUCAACAUCCGGAGAUAUCGGACAAAAAAAAUGUAGCUUCACUGAAACGAUUAUAGAAAUAUUUCCAAAUAAAACAUCACAUUUGUUCUACAUGACAAUAAAGAAUGCUUUUCAUGCGUGCUCUCCAAGCGAAAACGCAUCUAAAGGUGCACUAUCUUGCAUGUGUAGCAAGACAGACUCUUCAGUCUAGUAGAUGAAGAGUGAUAACACAAAGUUGUCAAUAGUAUUGACUUGAUGGUGUCCUCUGCAUCAUCACAAUUUUACAGUGAAACAGUUUUUUUUUUGCGAUAGGAGGCCCCCGCUCUCCACCGACAGCAUGUCCUCCACCCGUGCAGUUGUUGGAGUCGACACAAAUGCGCUGCGGGCACAGUUUCCCCAUUUUGUGGGUGCAGGAGGUGGUCCACGCGACACUCUUCCUAGCGGAUAUGUUCUUGAUACAGACGCUGCAACUAAUAGCGCACAGCACCAGGUCGGGUCUAGUAGUACUAGCUUGUUCAACACGAUGAAAGAUUUUACACCGGCAGGGCCAGGAGGUCUUCAUGGAGACCACAUGAUCUUCGACCAGCAUGGCCGAACUGGCGCGGCCCGUGACGGCCAGAUGAACUUCCAGGUGGACCUGCAGCGCGUGCACCACGAGGACCCUGGUUCUUUCAAUUUAGUUCCAACAUCUCCUGGUGCACGACCACAGCCACAGCAGAUGAACCACCACCGUUCUUUUCACCACGGCAGGCGGGGCGGCGGUGGUCAAUUUUCGCAGGACCAUCCGCAUCAUCCUACGUUGUUCACACAGCAUAUGGACACUGUGAUGGAGCAGCGUAGUACCGAAAGAGGAUCCGGCAGCGACGUGGGCAGCAGCAACGUCGGCUCCUCGAAUCAAGGCUCCGCCGUGAUUCACCGUGCUGGGAUCAUAACUCCAGAUGACGAACAACAAGCAGACACAUCACUACUAGCAAGGCGGGGGGCCGGGGACGACAACGUGAAUGAUCAUGAUGUGUAAAAAAUCAAAAUCGAAAAUGUCAAAAAUCAAAAUGUCAAGAAUGUAAGUAAACGAUUAAAAACGGCUCUGGUAGUUGUAUCAAUGAAUGUCAUUGCUCACUUAACGUUUUUGUGAAGAUCAUAUUAUGGUCUUUGUAUAAAUUCAUCGUCUGCAGUGGUUUGCUAUACAUACAUGAUGUGACAUGAUGUGGAUCGCAACUUUAUUCUGCGAAAUGCCAUGAUAAGUUGGAGUUUGAAGUUUGACUUUUUGUUUCUCAGGAGCUACAAGUUGUGCAUCAACUACAACUUCUACUUCUUCUAUGAAAAUCAAAACUGCAUAGGGGCCAUCAUGGACUAUUGCAGCAACUUAAAACUAAUAGACAAAAAAGAACUCAGACGACGCAAUCUUU